AUGGUUCCAAAAUUUUUAGCUGAUCAAACGGUCACUUGGAAGUUAAUUCCUCCGCACUCACCCCACUUUGGUGGUCUUUGGGAAGCCGCGGUUAAAUCCUUCAAACACCAUCUUGUUCGAACGGUGUGUGACCCAUUGCUAACUUUUGAGCAAUUGGAAACAUGUGUUAUCGAAAUAGAAGCUAUCCUUAACUCUCGACCUAUCUCACCAAUGUCUCCCAAUCCCCAUGACCUUCAACUUCUGAGUCCUGCUCACUUCCUGAUUGGGGGUCCUCUAACGAGCUUUCUGCAAAUGGACCUCACGGACACAACCUCAAAUUGCUUAUCUGCCUGGUAG